AAACGUUAAAAAAUAUUAACGGUUAAUAUUUUAACUAUAAUCUCAUCAAUUUAGUAUAUAAGCGCGUUUGAAAAUUUAGUUAAAUCAGAAACAAAACAUUCUUCAAAGCAAAAGAACUUCAAGAUGCGUGCAUUCUUUGUGUUGUGCUUGGCUACUGUGGCUUAUGCCGAUAAAUUGGGCUACAACUAUCGCCCAGUAGGACACUCUGACUCCGGACUCUCCUUUGCACCAGGUGGCUCCUCAGGACUCGGUGGUCUUGGCGGCAGUGGCGGAUUAGGAGGUAGUGGCGGUCUCGGUGGAUUGGGUGGAUUAGGUAGCGGUGGCAGCCUUGGUGGACUUGGAGGCAGUGGUGGUCUUGGCGGAAGUGGUAGCGGUCUUGGUGGACUAGGUGGCUCAAGUGGCGGUUUGGGUGGUCUUGGUGGACUCGGUGGUUCAAGCGGCGGUUUGGGUGGUCUUGGCGGUUCAGGUGAUAUCGGUAACUCCGGCAGCGUAGGACCAUCAUACUCAGCUCCCGCUGAAUUCAAUAAGGAAUUCUUCUCCUACACCGCUCCCGAAGAAGAAUUCAAUGAUGCUGACGCCGGUCAAGAUAUUGCCAGCUCAUUGAAGAAGAACCUCCGUGUUAUCUUCAUCAAGGGACCUGAAAACAAGGGACUCGAGAACGCUGCCCUCCAAUUGGCUAAACAUGCUGCUGAAGACCAAACCGCCAUCUAUGUUUUGCAGAAACAAAGCGAUAUCGGAGACUUGGCUAAGAAACUCAACUCUAUCAACAGCCAGAGCGCUCACAAACCUGAAGUACACUUCGUCAAAUACCGCACACCUGAGGAUGCUGCCAACGCUCAACGUGCCAUCCAAUCGCAAUACGACCAAUUGGGCGGUCCCUCUCAAUCGCACGAUGGUGGUGCCGCACCAGUGCACAACUUCGCAUCCCAAGCUCCAGUUCAAGCACCCGAAGUGCAUGCUCCCCGUAACUCCUACUUGCCCUCUUCUAUCAUCCGUGUUUAAGAUGGAUUAUUGAUCGGAGGACUGAACCUUUGCCUCACUGAAGAACUGAUUUGUUAAAUUUAUCACAAGAAAUAUGUAGAAAUAUUUCGAAAUUGUUGUUGAACCGUGCUAGUUAUUGUUAUUGUUAACGAUUAUAUUAAAAUAUUUACAAAGAA